UCUCUUCACACUAAAAUGUUUUCAGACAUUGAGAGAGCAUAUUAUUUCACAUUACAAGAGAGGCCUUAGUUCCUUUGCAGAAAAAAAAGGGCAGCUCAUUUUGGUAAUUGCCAAGAAAAUCAACAUGAAUAUGCAGGCAAACAAGGAGGUAGAACUUAGAAAUGCACAAGGUCAAAUGGAGAAAAGAGUAGAGACAGUCGACUAUCGAUCAUCGGCAGGACAAGGCUUAGAAAAGAGAAACGUGCAGGUAAUCCAUCAGUCUCAUCCCCCGGCGGAAAAUUUUGCAACGAGCGGCGGCGUCCUGGCCGGGGCGGCGGCAGCGGUUGCAAACACCCUUCAGUCUGCUAAGGAAGCCAUCUCUCGCAAUUAAAGCCAUGCAUCAAAACUCAUCUUCAAAUCAAAUCAAAUCUAAGAAUUAUUUCAUUUUUUUGCAAAUUUCUACUAUGUAAUCAAACAACAAUUCUAUAUAGUUUGUGGCUAUUGCUUACAAUUUAUCUGAUUAGAAAUGGGAAAUUUUUUUUUCUCAUUUAAUUUUUAAAGGUAAUAAAUUGAGUAGAGAACUCAGUUGCUACUUC